CUUCACAGAGAGAAAGUGAGAAGAUACUUCACUUGGAAAUUCACACAAACUUGGAAUUAGGGUUCGAUCUAUCACUUUGCAAUUCACACAAUUUUGCAGUGAAAGGAGUUUAUGAAAAGGUGAAGUUCGUCGAAGCUUUGCAGCAGGAAACUUUUAGAUAUCGGAGCUGACGGAACUUUUAGGUCUAAAUUGAAGUGGCAUUGACAGUAGUGGUGAUUGUGCAGUGGUGGAGUCUCAGAUCUUUUGUUAAACAAAAGGGUAGAAAUUGAAGGAAAUUUGUAUCUGAUUUCUCGCUGAAGCAUCAAUUGCGUCUCUGGCUGUAUUAAGGAAAUAGAAGGAAUCUGUAUCUGAUUUUACAAAUUAUUUGGGUUCCAUAAUGGAGUGGUCUGAAGACACUAUUAAGAAGCAGGACAAAGAAGAACUUCGAGGGUCCGGCUGGGAUAAUCCCGUGGCCUGUCAUAUUGAGGAACUUUUGACAAAAAGUUUAAGUUCAACAUUGUGCAGUGCAACAAAGAAGAUUGUUGAAAGUGGGUACACUAGAGGAGUUGCUGAGACGGCCAUUUUAUAUACCAGCCUGUUCAAUGGUAGUAAAGACACUGCAUUCAAUGUUGUCGACGGUGCUUUCACCAUACUAAAGAGGGAAAAGGUGAUGAGUUUUGCAUUGAAGUUUACUGUAUUUGAGAGGUUGCAGAGCCUAGUAGACUACACAUUACUUGAGAUGAUUUGUGUGCUUCGGGUGGUUAGGCCUUCCUUGAGCGUAUCAGAAGCAAUGUGGCGCCUAUUAAUUAGUAAUUUGAGCCUCGUGCAUGCAUGUGUAGCGGAUGGAGGCACUGUGCGUGGUUCUUGUAGGUCAUGCAAGUUGCACAGAGGCUUGGGAAGGACCGGGCAGAGUUGAAAAUGUUUAGGAAAGAGAAAGAAGAGGAGAAAUUGAAGAAGGAAAAACAAGCUUUGGUGGAUAGUACCAUAAAGCAGCUGUCGGAAAUGGAGUACUCCAUGACCAAUGCUACGGGUCAGAUUCAGGUGGAUAAUUGCACCAUCGCUCGCCUUAAGGAGGAGAAUGCUCUGUUGAUGAAUGACAUGGAGGUUGCUAAGAUGCAGGCGAUGAGGGUGGCCGAUAACCUGCAUUCCGCUAUGGAAAGAGAGCAGGAAACCCUCAGGAAAAUGCAGUCAUUGGAUGCAGAAAAGCCCAUUAUCCAAGACCAACUCACGGAUGUCAAACACCAGAUAACUGCACUCAACAAUCGACUAGAAAAAGCUAGAGGCCUCAAGGAUCAGUUCAAGGCUUUGUGGAAGCUGGAGUAGAAGGAGGAAACAAAAGCUCAAAAUAAAAUUGAUUCCUUGUGGAGGAAACUAGAGGAAGAAGAGGUUGCGAUGAAAAUAGAAGCAGAAAACAUAAAGCAAGCAGCCGAAAAGGAGAUGUAGAAAUGCACAGAAGACAUCAAGAAGCUUAAGAAAAUGGUCAUGGAGCUGAGUCUUGAGUCUGAAAAGUCGAUGAUAGAAACAGUCAACAUGGGCUUCCCGGGAUCACGGCUUCCUAACGCGAUGGAAAGGUUUGCCGUCUUUCAGGACAACUUCAAUGAGGCUCCAGAUGUGAAACCAGAGAGGGAGUGCGUCAUUUGCUUGUCAAACGAGAUCGCUGUGGUUUUCAUCCCGUGUGCACAUCAGGUUCUUUUCGCUUAGUGCAAUGUGAUCCAUGAGAAGCAAGGGAUGACAGACUGCCCUUCUUGCAGGA